CAAUCUCUUCGAGAUCUUUUGAUGGCAAAGAUAGAGCUCUGAAGAGAGAGAGAGAGAGAGAGGGAGAGACAUGGUGCCGCUGGGCCAGUAAGGAGCAGAAAGAUGAUUGCGGAAAGCGUGAUGAGGUAGAAAGGGGGGCUGCGGGGUUGAUGGGGCACGAGCACUUCAGAGAAGAUCUGAGAGCGCCCGUCGUGCUUUGAGGCAAACGACAACGGAGAAAAGUGCCGCGUGAUUGAGCUAUGGACAGACGACCUUUUGGAGUUCUCUUAUUACAGAGUACACUUGGCAGGGGACGAACUCAGAACCGCGCAGCGAGCCGCGGCGUCGUAUGAGAUGAUGUGUGCAGCGAGCGAGCGAGCGAGUUAGAGCGAGUUAGCGAGCUAGCGCCUUUCGACGGUGGGCGAUAGCGCGCGGGCGGGCGGAGGAGCUAGAGCGAGCCGAGAACUCUCGUUGGAACAUUCGAUAGAUUAUGGGACUGGCUCGGUUCGUGGGCGUUGGCCGCAUUGACGUCGACCCGAGCUCAGUCGUGGUGCAGAUGCAGGGUAAGAACGUAGGAUCGAAUAGAGAAUCUCGCUCGGCGGUUGGAGCGGCAGCUUCGGAUUUGCGAUCUUCGGCAGAAGCAGCUUGCGUUAUCAUGUCACCGACUUUCCCGUGCUUGGGACUCUCGGGAGGUGAAUGGUGGACAUCUUAACACCGAGAGUUGUUUGCCGAAACGGAGCGUUUCUACACUUCGACGUUUGCAUGCAGUAUAGCACUGCUCGCUUGACAGUUCUGGACGUACAUGACUGCCCAACUUCUGGUUUUAAGGCAUAGCAUAGGGGACAAACGCAAGUCUGGAUCUCAGACAUACAACUGACAGCAGUUUCCAUGUUUUAAGAGGGGCAAAGAGAUAGUCACCGAUUCGACUGUUGAGGCGAACAUCGAUACACGGGAUUAUUUCGUUGGCAUUGAUCCUAUCUUUCAUGAAGAGCUGGAAACCUGAAUGUUGUUUGCAUCUGUCAGAUCUGAUGUCUCCGCGGGAAGAAAUAGACCUGUAGCUGUCAGACAUCAAGAAAUCACGCAUUCUGAGGAUCAACGUACCGAGCUCGGUCCUUACUGUAAUUAUUUCUAAAAGGUAGCCACUUUAGGGCUCAUUACACUGCACAGGCCAAAUCCGAUAUCUGGAAUAGCACUUGAAGAGAUCCACCUCGCGGACAGUGAAGCACAUGGGAAUGUAGCUUGGGGAAAGGGUCGUUAGGCUGCUUUGUAAAAGUCAAAUUCGGAAAGCAUCGGAACGAGAAUACUCUUCGAAGAUGCGGCAGUGGAGACGCGCUGUACAAGGCUUUGUUUAAAGGGUACAGCAGGUAGUAAGGUGGGCAGUAAGCCAAAUGGGGGAGGAGCUGAGUAUACGAAUGUGGGGCUAUUUGCCGGCUGCGUCUAUUCAACGAGCGCCUUUCUUGGUGCCCACUCCCGUGCCUCCGUCCAGUGCUGGAGAAGGUUGGCGCACCGUUUGCAGUGGUGGUUGUGGAUUCGGUGUCGCAAUUUCAGAGUCUGGGAAGAUCAAUACGUGGGGAUCAACGAACGAUCUUGGUCAAUGCUAUAUGAUAACAGGAAAGGAGCAGGAACGACCUGAACCUUACCUCUUCAGCGGAGACGCCAACAUCGUGCAAGCUGCCGCGGGUUGGGCACAUUGCGCUGCUGUUACAGAAAAAGGAGAAGUGUUUACCUGGGGAUGGAGUGAAUGCGUGCCCAACGCUAAUCUGACAACCACAGACGGUCAAGGAGCUGUCGCGGGUGCCAUCAGCGAGGUUCUUGAUGAUAGCUCAGCACAAACUGGGCGGCCUAGCGUCAACGAAAAUUCUGACUGUGCAGACUCCACUCCAACCUCUUUCGAUGCUUCGAGGAGAAGCACACCCAGUUCAGGACAGGAUAGGUCCCGUAAUGGGACGCUGUCGUCCAGCAAUAAGCUGAAGCUAGUGAACACCAAGACAUCUGGGAGGAAGAGUUCUGGCACCCUUGACAAGGCGGACGAUAGUCUGAAAAGGAGAAAAGUUGUCGUUGCGGAUGAAGAAACAACCGACGACAAUGUUAUGGCUCCGCCGUGCAUGGUGACGUUGGAUCCGGGUGUGAUCAUCGUUUCUGUAGCGGCGGGCGGACGACACACCCUGGCCCUUUCAGAUGCAGGUAAAGUAUGGGGAUGGGGCUACGGAGGCGAAGGACAACUUGGUUUAGGUUCACGCAUGCGGUUGGUAUCAACUCCACAGAUCAUACCUCAUUUGGAGAGACCUUCUACGGGAAGUGGAUCUUCCAAAUCCAGGAAUAGCUCGGGAGUCGUCAAUUUCUCCAAUUCACCUUCAGAUCUGUUGGGAACUCGUGUGAUAGGGUUAGCUUGUGGCGGCCGUCAUAGCGCUGUGUUGACGGAUUCUGGAGCAGUACUUUCCUUCGGGUGGGGACUCUAUGGUCAGUGUGGUCAAGGAUCUACUGAUGAUGAACUAUCCCCAGCUUAUAUCUCUUCAUUGGGAGGAAUAAAAAUCACAGGCAUAGCUGCAGGCUUGUGGCACACCAUGUUCAUAUCAGACACCGGAGAUGUUUACUCUUGUGGCGGCAAUCAGUUCGGCCAGCUGGGAACUGGUGGCGACCAAGCUGAGAUGCUUCCCACCUUGGUAGACGCCAGUGUUUUGGAAAACGAGCAAGGCGUUCUUAUUUCUUGCGGAGCCAGGCACACUGCUAUGUUGACUGAGAGUGGGAAAGUAUUCUGCUGGGGAUGGAACAAGUAUGGACAGCUCGGUGUCAGUGACACAGUGGACAGAGACAGUCCGGCAGAGGUUGCACUAAAUGAUUGCUCUGCAAAGAGCCUGGCGUGUGGCUGGUGGCAUACUCUGGCUCUUGUGAGAGAAAAAGAGUGACGUGAUACUCGCACGAAUACACAGGUGACCGUAUACAAUAUCAUUUUGAUGUACAGAUAAACUUUUGUUGUCAUGAUUACCCCUCACGCUUUUUGUGAAAAUUAAAUUUUCAGAUACCGUCAUUUUCCACACUUGCUCGUUGCAGGCAAGUUAGCCACUAGAAGAGUAGAGUCCCUGUGAAAAAAUUACUGAAAUUAUUACCUACGAUGAGGAAUCACUGUUAGUCUCCUCCAUACAAGCACUCUACAAAUAGUUGUUUGGAACCUAGUCAUGGACCUUGAUCAUAGCAGGAAGACUGAUGUAGCUGCCACGUCACCUACCGCAAACCAUUUCGCCUCUGCAACUGUCAACUUCCGAUGGACGAUGCUCUUGAACACUUUCUACACUGAGAAACAUUUCAUUCUGGUAUAUCUGGACAAGCUUUAGGUUUUCCGUAAGCUUUGGAGAUACCGUGACUUUGCGACCACCAUUAACAUGUGAAAUACUCAUGACAAUUGGUAGUUAGUAACGGUGGUUUUAAGUAGCGGGACAUCAUUUUUAUGUUGCGUCAGUAUUGUCACUUCAAUUUUGAAACAGUAGGAGUGACAAAAGUAGUGUGGAAGCUUUUACUACCCUUUUAAAACCUAUACAGAGGGUUGAGCAAGCAGAUUCUGUAAUCUUUGUGUAAAAAGAUAGGCAAAGUUCUUUCUUUCAUUUGACAUAAUGUGAAGACAUGUUAUUUUUUUUUCGCCC